CACUGACAUCCUCAUUUGGAGACAUUAGGUCCGACAAGCCCCACACAAAUAUCCAUAGCCCAAAAAAAAACACCCAAAAACUUAAGCAUUUUGGGACGCAUUCACAUGUUCGAAAGAAUCUAAAAGUGGCAUCGCAAAAUUGACAAUGGCAACCAGGCAGCCCACUCCCCGCCAGCUGGCGUACCUCGACGAGCUGAAGAUGCGACUCCAGGAGCUGCGCGAUCGCCAGGCGUCCUUCAUGGAGCAGACGGCCAAGAUACUCAGCCGGAUGAGCUCCUCCAGCAUGGAUGCCUCGGACUCCGAGACUCCGGACUCUACCCAUUCGACGGAGGCAAAUGUGACAGUCAAUCCUUCAGCGGGCGUGGGUGCCGGGAUCACCAAGGGAUCCAAGGGCAAUCUUAAUAUCAAGCAGAUGAUCCAGCGCUUCGAAGAUCUGCGCAAGAACUCUCAGCAGUUGGACGAUCUGCCCGAGGUCCCCGAGGAACUGAUCAACGUGGAUGUGCGCCGCAUUCUGAAUGGCUACGAGAAACUCAUCGAAGAGGGCAACGUUCUGCAGCAAUCCUGGUUCCUGCUCAAGAAGUCCACGGAGAGUUGUGCCCGCUUCGCCAGCGCCAAUGGCAUGAGCUCCGAGGAUCGUCCUCCGUUGAAGGCCAACUCUGGCAUCGUUGAGGUGUCGUACGUGGCACCAGAACGCAGUCCUCAGGUGGUAAGAGUACCGAAGGUGAAAAAAUCUCCAUCGCUGCUCUCGAAUGUGGUCACCUGUUCGGAGACAGUGGAAAAGAAGGAUGGCCCCAAGGAUGCCAAGUGGAAAAGCCAUUCCCAGGAGUAUGGUCAUGCGCGUUGGGGAGCCUUUAUGCAAUUGAUCAUUCGCCUCCUUCGUCCUUUCCAUGGCUGCAAUAAGACAAAGAAAAAUCCAGGCAAGCACUCUCCUAUUGGUACCAUUCCCAGCCACCUGCCACCGAAAAGGAAGCCCAUCUACUAGGCCUUUUCAAUAGCCACCCACACCACACAACCACACAGAACCACACACAACCACACAGAAGAAACACAAGUGAAGAUCCAAACUAAGCCAAACCAAUCCCCACGCAAUCCCACUAAAAAUAAUCCAAUAAAACCGACCCCAUCCAA